AUGGGAGGGGGGCUCUUCACGCAGUCCAACCCGGAGGACCGGAGGGUGGUGCCGGACGAGCCGGGCGACCGUCAGAUCUUCAAGGUCGUGUACGUGGUCCUCGAGUCGCAGUACCAGUCGUCGCUCAGCACGGCGUGCAAGCGGAUCAACGCGGGGCAGGAGAAGGUUGCCGUCGAGUGCUCGGGCUACAUCCUCGAGGAGCUGCGCGACCCGGCCAACUUUGAGCAGUUCAAGAAGGACGUGGCCGACGCCAACAUCUUCAUCGGCUCGCUCAUCUUUGAGCUCGCCGACAAGGUGGUGGAGGCCGUCGAGCCGUACCGCGAGACGAUGGACGCGGUCUGCGUUUUCCCGUCGAUGCCGGCGGUGAUGCGCCUCAACAAGAUUGGCUCCUUCACGAUGGCGUCGAUGGGCCAGUCCAAGAACGUGAUGCUGGACUUCAUGAAGAAGAACAAGCCGAGCGGCACCUCGUUCCAGGACGGCAUGCUGAAGCUGGUGCGCACGCUGCCCAAGGUGCUCAAGUUCCUCCCCGGCGACAAGGCCAAGGACGCGCGCUCCUUCAUGAUGUCGCUGCAGUACUGGCUCGGCGGCUCGCCCGAGAACAUCGAGGCGCUGCUGCUCAACCUGGCGAGCACAUACGUCUUCGAGUCCGACCUGCUCACCGGCGAGGUGGUGGAGCCGCCGACCGUCAUCCCCGACCAGGGCAUCUGGCACCCGGUCGCGCCGCGCGUCUUCGAGACCAACGAGGAGUACAUCCAGUGGCUGCGCAACGAGCACGCGCCGACCAUCGGCGUCGACCCGAACAAGGCGCCCGUGAUCGGCGUCGUGCUGCAAAAGUCGCACAUCAACACCAAGGACGACGCGCACUACGUCGCGCUCAUCAUGGAGAUCGAGGCCAACGGCGGCCUCGUGCUGCCCAUCUACACCGGCUCGCUCGACUUCUCCAAGCCGAUCGAGGACUACUUCUUCCUCAACGGCCGCUCUGUCGUCGACACGACGAUCAACCUGACCGGCUUCGCGCUCGUCGGCGGGCCGGCGACGCAGGACCACCCCAAGGCCAUCGCGACGCUCAAGAAGCUGAACCGGCCGUACCUCUGCGCCGUCCCCGCCACCUUCCAGACCUUCGAGGAGUGGAAGGACUCGGAGCUCGGCCUGCACCCGGUGCAGGUUGCGCUGCAGGUUGCGCUGCCCGAGCUCGACGGCGCCAUCGAGCCCAUCAUCUUCGCGGGCCGCGACGGCGUCACGGGCCGCUCGAUCCCGCAGUCGGACCGCAUCGAGACGCUCGCCAAGCGCGCGAUCAAGUGGUCCAACCUCUCGGCCAAGAAGAACGCCGACAAGAAGGUGGCCAUCACCGUCUUCUCGUUCCCGCCCGACAAAGGCAACGUCGGCACCGCCGCGUACCUGAACGUGUUCGGUUCCAUCUUCGAGGCGCUCAAGACGAUGAAGGCGGAGGGGUACGACCUCGGCGCCGAGCUCCCCACCGACGUCGAGGGGCUCGUCGACGCUGUCCUCCACGACAAGGAGGCGUCUAUGGCGUCGCCGACGCUCAACGUCGCAUACUCCAUGUCGGUCGCCGAGUACAAGGAGCUGACGCCGUACGCAGAGGACCUCGAGGAGAACUGGGGCCCGCCCCCGGGCCAGCUCAACACGGACGGCCAGAACCUGCUCGUGUACGGCGUCCGCUUCGGCAACGUCUUCAUCGGCGUCCAGCCCUCGUUUGGGUACGAGGGCGACCCGAUGCGGCUGCUGUACGCCAAGUCGGCCUCGCCGCACCACGGCUUUGCCGCCUACUACACCUACAUCGAGAAGGUGCUGGAGGCGGACGCGGUGCUGCACUUUGGCACGCACGGCUCGCUCGAGUUCAUGCCCGGCAAGCAGGUCGGCAUGUCGGGCGGCUGCUACCCCGACCGCCUCAUCCAGUCGACGCCCAACCUCUACUACUACGCGGCCAACAACCCGUCCGAGGCCACCAUCGCCAAGCGGCGCUCGUACGCCAACACAAUCUCGUACCUGACGCCGCCGGCCGAGAACGCGGGCCUCUACAAGGGCCUCAAGGAGGUGGGCGAGCUCAUCUCCUCCUACCAGGGCCUGCGCGAGAGCCGCGGCGCCUCGAUCGUCAACUCGAUCGUCGCCACCGCGCGGACGUGCAACCUCGACAAGGACGUCGACCUGCCGUCGGAGGACUUUGACACGGCGGAGCUCACCCUCGACGAGCGCGACAUCAUCGUCGGCAAGGUGUACUCCAAGAUCAUGGAGAUCGAGUCGCGCCUGCUGCCGUGCGGCCUACACACCGUCGGCGUGCCGCCCACCGCCGAGGAGGCGAUCGCGACGCUCGUCAACAUCGCCUCCAUCGACCGGCCCGAGGACGAGAUCGACGGCCUGCCGCGCAUCCUCGCGCGGUCGGUCGGGCGCGACAUCGAGGACAUCUACCGCUCCGCCAACGCCGGCAACCUCGACGACAACCUCCUCAGCGAGAACAUCAAGGAGGCCAUCCGCGCCGCCGUGCGCGCUUCGGUCGAGCGCUCGACCGACGCGGCUGGCCGCGUGACCGAGGUGAACCCGAUGAUGGCGUCGCUCGGCGCGGUGCUGGGCGGCGGCUCGCCGAUGCUGUCCGCGCUCAAGAAGCAGGGCUUCGACAAGGUGCAGGACCCAGACCUCGAGAAGCUCUUCGGCUACCUCGAGUUCUGCCUCAAGCAGGUGGUCGCGGACAACGAGAUGGGCGCCCUCAUCGAGGGCCUGAACGGCGAGUACACGCUGCCGGGCCCGGGCGGCGACCCGAUCCGCAACCCGCUCGUGCUGCCGACGGGCAAGAACAUGCACGCGCUCGACCCGCAGGCCAUCCCCACCAUCGCCGCCUGCGACUGCGCCAAGGUGAUGGUGGACCGGCUGCUCGAGCGGCAGGUUGCCGAGGAGGGAGAGUACCCCGAGUCGAUCGCCUUUGUGCUCUGGGGCACGGACAACAUCAAGACGUACGGCGAGUCGCUGGCGCAGGUGCUGUGGAUGGUCGGCGUGCGCCCGCUGCCCGACUCCCUCGGCCGCGUCAACCAGAUCGAGGCCAUCCCGCUCGAGGAGCUCGGCCGGCCGCGCGUGGACGUCGUCGUGACGUGCUCCGGCGUCUUCCGCGACCUCUUCAUCAACCAGAUGAACCUGCUCGACCGCGCGGUCAAGCUGGUGGCCGAGCUGGACGAGCCGCUCGACCAGAACUUCGUGCGCAAGCACGCGCUCGAGCAGGCGGAGGAGUUUGGCGUCUCUGUGCGCGACGCGGCGACGCGCGUCUUCUCCAACGCGGCCGGCUCCUACUCGGCCAACGUGGGGCUCGCCAUCGAGAAUGGCGGCUGGGAGGGCGAGCAGCAGCUGCAGGAGCAGUUCACCUCGCGCAAGGGCUUCGCCUUCAACGCCGACCGGCCGGGCAUCCUCGACGACAAGGCGGACAUGUUCAAGUCGAGCCUCAAGAAGGUUGACGUCACCUUCCAGAACCUCGACUCGUCCGAGAUCUCGCUGACGGACGUCUCGCACUACUUCGACUCGGACCCGACCAAGGUGGUCGGCUCGCUGCGCACCGACGGCAAGAAGCCGUCCUCGUUCGUCGCCGACACGACCACCGCCAACGGCCAGGUGCGCACGCUCUCGGAGACGGUCCGCCUCGACGCGCGCACCAAGCUGCUCAACCCCAAGUUUUACGAGGGCAUGCUUAAGUCGGGCUACGAGGGCACGCGCGAGAUCACCAAGCGCCUGCGCAACACGAUGGGCUGGUCCGCCACCGCGGGCGCCGUCGACAACUUUGUCUACGAGGACGCGAACGACGUCUUCAUCGCCGACGAGGAGAUGCAGAAGCGGCUGCUCGAGACCAACCCGAACGCCUUCCGCGACAUGGUGACGACCUUCCUCGAGGCCAACGGCCGCGGCUACUGGGAGACGUCCGAGGAGAACCUCGACCGCCUGCGCCAGCUGUACGCCGAGGUGGACGACAAGAUCGAGGGCUUGUAG